AUGGAGAUCUCGGACUAUGCGGGAUCAACAGCUUUGAUCAUUGCCUGCGGAUAUUCCACGGCGGAAAUUGUCUCUGCACUGUUGGAGGCACGGGCUGAUGUAAAUACUCAAGACAAGAAUGGAUGGACUGCACUAAUGCGCACCUCUGAACGCGGAGACUCGGACAUCAUUGAUGUGUUGCUCUCCAGAAACUCUGCUGUAAACAUUUCUAGCAGUGACAAAUCAACAGCUUUGACAAUAGCUUCCUACUAUUCCAAGGCGGAAGUUGUCUCCAAGCUGUUGGAAGCAAGGGCCGAUGUGAAUGCUCAAGACGAUGAUGGAGAUACUCCUCUCAUACUUACGGCCCGCUAUGGAGACGCAAACAUGGUGUCAAAUAUUCUAGAUUAUCAGCCGGACAUCUCAAAGUCUCGGAAUGGUCAGAGGACAGCAUUUCACGAGGUCAUGUUGAAUCAUAGAAGAGAUGCGAUAUUACCGUUGCUUGUCGAAGCACCUGAAGUGGAUAUAAAUGCCAAGGACUCUGAAGAGCGGGCACCUCUUUAUAUCGCUACUGAAGGAGGUUAUUUGAAUGUGGUUAAUAUCUUACUCGCUCAGACUGGAGUUGAAGUUAAUGCUUCUGGUAAAAAUGACAAGACACCUCUUCAUAUAGCUUGUGAGAUGGGGCAUUUGAAGAUAGUGGAUAAACUGCUUGGAAAGAAUGGAGUAAAUGUUGAAGCAAAGGACAGUAACAAGCAGACUCCAUUGCACCUUGCCUGCUUGAACGGCAAAGUUGGCGUCAUACAAAAACUCCUGAAGAGAGAAACAAAAAUGAAAAAUCUGCCAGGGGGAAAGCGUCCGGGCGCAUGGUCUUUACUCGUUCGGUCCCUUAUAAAGCUCUUGAAGAAGCGGAGCUUUGCUAGUAGAGAGGAACUGAUAAACACAGUAAAAUGGGCAGUAACCGAAGACGACUUCAAAUACCUCAUGGGGACGAUCGGCUUGUGGGACACGAUUAUACCACCACAUAAGCUUCAGAAAAGCGGAAUUAUUGGUCUUUUGAAGCAAGAAAUUGUAGAUCAGAAACGGAGUGGCCAAUGCUCGCCCCAAAGCCCCUUGCAAUGGGCUGCAUUUGGUGGGUAUCAUGAGAUUGUGUGGUGGCUUUUGCAAAGCUCUUUGCCUAAUAAAGAAACGGAACAUAACAUUGAGAAAGCAAGAGAUAUAGCCAUAAAGGAAAGAAACUGGGAACAAGAAAAGCUCAAGCCAAAGGAAGACAAAGACGAGAGGAUUAAGAAAGCAGCACAUCUUGAUCAGAUGAGUGUGUCACAUGACGUUCAAGACUCGAUGAAGAAAGACAUAAAGGAAACUGGAAGAAAAGUUGCGCAACAAAAGAAAGGGUUAUUUGGAGUAAUUGGAAAUGAAAUUCAGAUGAAAUCCAAAUCCCAAGGAGCAGGAAAUGAACUCCGAACCUCUUUGGAAUCAUAUCAAAUCACAAUAGAUUUGCUCGAUGACCCACCUCCGUUUUUUGCCGUACUUGCAAAUCCAAAUGACGAAGAUCCACCAAGAAAAAUCUGCGGAGCGAUUUGCAAGAAGAACUUAAACUUCACAAGGCUAGCAUUGUAG